CCGGAUAAUAAACGAUAUAUGAACCAACAACACAAAGUAUAUAAAAUGGUAUCCUAAAAUCUAUCUCAAUCUCGAUCUCAAAAUAAAUUCGGUAUCCCAAUCUAAAUCUCAAUAUAUUUUUGUACAAUAUCGAUACCAAAUUAGUUGCCUUCAUAAUUAAUAAUUAAAUAUGUACAUAGAUAAAUAAUUAUUCGAACAUCUCUAGUUCUGGACAUAAUUAUAUAGUGUAAGCUUGUACGUUUCAUUUCAGGAUUGAAAACCUUGCUCAUGGAAAGUUGUGUUGAGAAAAGUCUAAUAAAAACUAGGCAAAAUACACUUUUAUAGCAACAACUUUCACGUUUGUGACAAAUAUAGCCAAAACUAUAAAAAAAAAACACAAAAUAGCCCAAAAAUUGGAUGCUAGUCUGACAAAUGUAGCCAUUUUCGUUAGAAACUUUAACGUUGUUAGAAACUCCGCAGUUAGAUUAACGUUAGGGUGACUAAGAUGUCAAAUCAUCGCACACAUCAACGACCAGUCAUUAUAUCAUUGCCACAUCAUUUUGAAUUAUAAAAUAAUUAUUUUUUAAAUUUAAAAACACCAAAAAAAUAUAUUCCCAUAAUUUCCCCCCUAUUCCUUACCCGUUGCAUUCUUCUUCUUAUGUCGUCACUCCCUGUUGCCGCCCCUCAUCGUUUCUUCUUUUUAGUCCAUUGAGAAGUUCUCAUCGUCGGUAACAAAACCCAUUAGGGGAAAAAUCAAUCGAAGAAUUCAAUGGAAAAUAACCCACCAAAACCCACCAAGAGUAAAUCAAAUACAAGAAAUUGAAAAAAUAUCAUCUCAAACCUUAGACUCAAAUCCAAUAAACCCCACCACAAUGAUGCCGACGAUCUGCUCCUGCGAACCCACGAGCAAAAUCGUGCACGAGUUGGGAACUGACGCCACUAUUCCUUAUCUGAAUCCGUGAGUACAAACAACUCGAUAUUCGUUCUGCAGCAGAUGAGGGAGACUUUGUGAUUGGAAAGGGAAUAUGAAGUGGGAAGUUCGACGGUCGACGGGUCUGGAUCUGUAUAUGUUUUCAUUUCUUGUUAGGGCCCCAUGUACUUUUUACGGGAGAUUUACAGAUCUAGACCUGACUUAGUGCUGCCGAACGACGAUGAUGUCAAGAAGGGGAGGACGGGAAGGAAGCGCCGAAGGUUAUGGAUAUUUAUCUGAUCUGAUGGAAGCUACGACGCGACAAUGAUUGCAAGCGGCGAGCGGAAUGGUGUGGGAGAUUUUGCCCAGUCAGAGGGAGAUUCAAACGGCAGGGAAAAUGGGAGAUCCAUCGGGGGAGCUGCAUUCUUGCGAAAGCCUUAGUGGUGAUAAAAUUUUCUGGGUCUCCUUGAGCCACUCGAUUAUGUGGAGCUGGUGGACAAGGAGAUGGUGGUGGUGGCGAAGGACUGGUGGGAUAAGGACGUGGAUGGGGUGACAAUGAGAUAGAUGGGAGGUUGUGGGGAGACGAAUGUUUAAUUUUUUAAUUGUUUAAUUUAAUACACAUGGAUUGUUGGGGACGAAAUAUCGCUGACUCAGAUUUUCGUUAAUCUAGUUAUAAAGUUAACUAACAUCGUUAAAGGAAUGAACGAAAGUGGUUAUUUUGUGUUUUAUGACAGUUGUGGCUAUAUUUGUCACAAACUUGAAAGUUGUGGCUAUGAAAGUGUAUUUUGCCUAAAAACUCAUCAAAGUCCAUAUUGAAUGGAUUAAAUCAAAGUCUCUAUUGAAUGGAUUCCUCACAGGUUCACAUUUGGGCUAUGAGACUAAGCAAAGAGUUUUGAGAUUACUUACAAGUAGUGCUGGAAAUCUAGACCAAACUGUAUGUGAAACCAAGGUCUAGACCGGACCGUACAGUUUGAUCUGGACCGUGAGACUAAAAUUAUGGUCUGAUCUGGUCUGUGAUCUCCCCUUUUAGUGUGUGGUCUGAUACUGUCUGGACCGCAGUAAACCGUGGUAGACCAUGACCUACUAGCCACUAAUCCAAAUCAAAAUAACACUAAAUCUCCAUUUAUGCAUCUGGAAGAACAAAUCGAGCCUGAUCAAUCCCACCAUGGUGAACAAACAAUUUGAUCUUCCUAUUGUAGAUUUUUUUUAUAAGCAUAACAAAUCUGUUGAUUCUUUGUCCAACUGAAAACCAACAGACUGCUCAAGCGAUCUCUUUUGUUUUAUCUCAUAAUGAAAGAACCACACAAAAACAAGAAAAGAUGGGGAAAUCAUCUCAAUAUCCAUGAAUAGAAUCCAGAGUCGAUUAUAUAAAAAUGCAGCACAAAAUUGAUUUACCCGAGUGAGAUAAAAGGAAAUUAUAUCGAGCAAAACGGCCAACCUAGUGGUUCAAAAUAAUCUUGACUUCUUCGUGGUGGGGAUUAUGUGUGAGAACCUUUUAGACCACCUGGGAGAGGGAGAGAAGCAAUAACACAAAGAGAAAGAUGGAGACGAAGUUAUUUGUUGUGUUUUUAUUUUAAGUGGAUAGUCGUUAGAGUAGUGGAUAUUGAAGUAUGAGUGAAAAAAGUACUCUUCUCUCCACAUAUUUCUUCGUGGGUUCAUUAUGGUGACUAAUUUUUUGUUUCACUAGUAUAUUGGGCAAUGAACUUUUUAUUUUAUGGAUACUAAGAGGGAUCAGAGGGUUGGAGAAGAAUGAAGUUUUACUGAAGAUGGUCUGCUUGGUCCAAAUCGUAUAGGACCGCACUGUACGUGCAUGGUCUGGUCUGCACCGUAUAGUAUAUGGUAUGAUCCAUGCAUGUCGGUCUGGACCGCAAACCGUAUGUAUGGUCUGAUUUGGUUCUUUUUGGUAAUAUGAAAAUAACAAGAGAUUGAGUGAGAGACGAGAGUGACCUAGAAAAACUUGAAAGCUAAGCUUAUAUUGAGAGAGACCUUGCGAGUUGUCAAAGAGUGAGGGACGGCGAGACGAUGUAGGCUAACUUUAAUUAAUUAUAAUUUUUUUUUUAUAUUUCACGGUAUUUCGAUAUACACGAAUUUAAAUUCCGUAACCCAAAUGUCAAAUAACACACUAAAAUCAAUCACAAUCUCCAAAAAUAACACCAUAUUCAAGGAUAUCAAAUCAUAAUAAAUUCAAUAUGUUAUUAUCUCAAAUACUGAUAACAAACUUUCAUCCUUAAUUACAACGGCAGAUGAUAGCAAUAAUAUAGGUGUGCUCCUUUGAAAUUUAGGUGUCUUUUUGGCUCUCAUAGUCUCAUGCAUGUUUCUUACUUUUGGUGCCAAUCAUAACAGAUGGGCUCUCCAGCCUGCUCCAUCUACCUUCUAGAUACGCCACUUAACUUACUGAAACAAGUGUUUUGAUUUUUUAUGAGUAUUGAUCAAUGCAGCGGCGGAUUUAGGGGCCGCCUUGGGCCACGGCCCAGCCCUCCCGGAUCCAAGCUCGUAUACUAAUUGUAUAUUUCCGAUUUUAGGUAUAUAUUUCAAUGUUUAUAGGAUUACGGCCCAAUUCUCUCCAACUUUUUUUAAAUGCAGGCCAAUACUCUAACCCAUUCUGAAUCCGCCGCAGGAUCAAGAAAAGGGGGAAAUGAAGUUUGUCAUUAUUGGUUACGAAACAAAAAUUAUGAUUUCAUUUGUGCAAAUUCAUUUUAAGAAUUUUUUCAAUGUUACUAUGGUUCAUCUAUUUUAAUAUUUAUUGAUAAUCUCGCAACUAAAAAACAUAAAUCUAGAUAAAGAGAUGAGAGGGAUCCCCACCCUCACUCAUUGUCUGUUUGCUGAUGACACAGUCAUUUUUGGAAAAGCUAAUAUUCAAGAGGCAGGUAGAAUUUUGGAAAUCAUCAAUGAUUAUGGAGCAAUCACUGGGCAAGAGGUCAAUGUCAACAAAUCGUAAGUUUUCUUCAGUGCGAAUGUUCCAACAGAGGAGAAGAAUGACAUCAUCAAUCAAAUUGGAUUUGCAUCUACCAACUGUCAUUCCAAGUAUCUCGGAGUCCCGACCGAGUGGGGAAACUCUAAGAAAGAAACGUUCUACUUCCUUAUACAAAGGAUGGAAAAGAUGGGGGAAGCGUGGAAGAGCCUUCUUCUUUCCCACGGAGGGAAGGAGGUGCUCCUUAAAUCCGUGAUUCAGGCUAUCCCAUCCUUCAUUAUGUGCCUCUUCCUUCUCCCAGUUUCCCUAACGAAGAAGAUGGAUUCUCUUCUCUGUAACUUCUUCUGGUCAGGGUCAAUGCAGAAGAGCAGUCUACACUGGUGUAGUAAGGAAAUUCUUUGUGCCCCAAAGUCAGAAGGAGGUCUUGGGUUUCGAAGCUUUAGAGAUUUCAAUUUGGCUCUUCUGGCAAAGCAAGCCUGGAGGCUUCUGACCACUUCUGAUGCACUCUGGAGUAGACUUCUCAAAGGGCUCUACUUCCCUAGAGGAAACUUCCUCUCGGCAAAAAAAGGAAGCAAACCGUCGUGGAUCUGGGCUAGCCUUUGGGAAUCCAAGAAAGUCAUUGAUCUGGGAGCAGUGCGAGUGAUUGGGGCAGGAGAUGAAUCAUGGAUUGAUCAAGACCCUUGGGUUCCCUCCCUUCCUAAGGCAAGCAUUCAGAGUGGACCUCAAAACCAUGUUCGAGUCAGUUCCUGGAUCGAUCAGGAGGGGAGGAAGUGGAAUAAUGAUCUGAUCCGAGGGCAGGUGUCUACUUCUGAGAUGGACGCUAUUUUAAGAAUUCCCAUUGGGGAAAUGGACUCAAUGGACUUCUGGGCUUGGAAAUUGAAUGAGAACGGAAACUUCACUGUUAAGACGGCAUACCAUGCGGUGCACUUAUCUUCAAUGGAAGCCCAAUCGAUGGAUAAUGUGGAGAAAUGGAAAUGGAUGUGGAACCUUGAUAUCCCUCCAAAGCUUAAGUUCUUCGUUUGGAGAUGCUCUAAGAACGGUCUUGCUACAAAAGAGAAACUCUUUAAGAGGAAGUGCUCUCCUAACUCAACGUGUCAAAUGUGCCAAUGCCCUAUUGAGUCCCUCAGACACUGCCUUUUCAUGUGUGACCACGCAAGAGAAUCUUGGAACGCCAUCUUCCCUUCUCUCCCGGUUCCGGCUCAAUCUACUGCUUUCCUUGACUGGUUGUACUUUAUCAAGGAUGCUAUCCACUCAGGAGCCAUGACACAUGUUAUCUUCCUAUGCUGGAAUAUUUGGAAGGCAAGAAAUGAAUGUGUAUUCAAGAAUCGGAUCCCUUGGCAUCCGAAUAUUAUUACGAGAACGUACAAGGAUCUUACUGAAUGGACGACUUGUCCGAGGGUCCCCCCCAUCACCCAUCCUUCUCCUCAGCUCAGGGGAGCCCACCCACUCACUUCUCCACCGCCAAGCAAUCAUAAUUUUGUGAUUCACUGUGAUGGGUCAUUCUUAAAUGACUCCCAGCCGGCGGCAUAUGGUGUUGUUGUCAUUAACCAUCAUGGACAAGUGUGUGACGGGCGAGCUGACACUCUCCUUUGUUCCACCCCGUUCGAAGCCGAAACAAAAGCUCUCUUGGAAGGUCUCAAAUUAGCUCAAGAAUGUGGCACUGAAUGUGUUGUCCAGUCGGACUGCCAGACGUUAGUCAAAGCUCUUAAUCAAGAUUCUCGAAAUUGGCCAUGGCGAGGAGCAGCUGGGAUUGGAUCAAUGGUGUCAAUCCUUAGAGCUAACCCUCAAAUCAAGGUCAACGCAGUGUCACGUAAUUGUAAUGUCAGAGCAGAUUGGGUUGCACGAUCUCUUGCUAGAUCUUCUCUCCCAGUUAACUGGAUUAGUGUUCUUGAUCUAAUUUCUGAUUUCCUUUGAUGUCUGUAAUUGUUUUCUUCGUAUUGGUGAUGGAAUAAAAGAUGAUUAUUACUGUCAAAAAAAAAAAUCAUUGAUUGAUGUGUAUGUACUUUUGCCUAUACUAUAUGAAUGAUCAUCAAGAUUACCCAGUGGAUAUAAUUUGGUCACAUGCAUUCAUCAGUUUGGAUCUUGUAUAAAAAAAACUCAUCAGUUUCACAGUUUGGGGAAGUUGGUUAGGGCUGUACGUGGGCAAUAGGCCGGGCCGCCCACCGGUUAGCACGAAACGGUUAGAGUACGGCACGAACACGGGUACGAAAUAUAUGAGCCGGCUCGGCACGAGCACGAAUAAUUUAUGGACCGUGUCGGGCCUAAAUUUCACAGUUUGGGGAAUUCGGUUAGUGGGUCGUGCCAGAUCUAAUGUUUUUGAGACCUUCUUGAGUAUAAUAACGAACAUGGCACGAAAAGAAUAUUUAUUUGAUGGAGAAUAAAUAUAAAAAUGAUUAUAGAUUCAAAUAUUAUAAAAUACAAGUACAAAAAAAAUUUAUUUACUGUUAUUUGAAGUGAUCAUAAAGAUAUAUACAUAAUUACUACCAUAAGUAAAAAUGGACGAAGUAUUAAACAAAGUCAAAUCACAUCUGUCAUUAUUUCAAUUUUCUUUUCCCCCUUAUUUGUUAUAUUUCUCAAACAUUCUUAGUUAAUACUUUCAUUUUCUGUCCAAUUUGUUCCUUCUUUUUUAUUUUCUUUCUUUUCAUUAAACACGAAUAUGAGCACGAUACAAGCACGAAUAGGCACGACACGAUUCAAAUCGUGCCCGGGCCGAGUCUAGCAAAAUUAACAAAUGGGCUGGUCCGGCACGACGCGAAAAUUGACGGUCCGUGCCAAGCACGUUACAAAAUAAAUUAGUCUGAAACGUGCUCGUGUCGUGCCGGCCCAACGCCCAUGUACAGUUAGGGCUCAUAAAUUUAGGUGAGUGCAUGGGCGCUCCAUGUUGAUGUUUAUCCAACAGCAACUAAUUCAUAUGAAGAAUAACCAUGAAAACAAAUUGUAUUGACUCCUUUAGUCGCAUCCCCUCUACUUUUCUAACCAAAUUUCUUCCACCUUCCUAAAUCAGCCUCCUAAUAUGACUUUAUUCCAAUUGUUAAAACAAAGCUGCAUGUAAAUUUUCAAACUUAAUUAUUAUACAUCCUAAAGACUUUUCCUUAAUGACACCAAAAAGACCGAAGUUAGUUGAUAACAGUAAUAAUGGGCACAUGGUAAUUGAUUGAUUGAUUGAUGGCCUAUGGUGGCUCUACCAAUGAAUUUCUCCAUACUAGUGCUAUCCAUCUUGGGUACAUAUGGAGGGUCCCUUCAAAGCUUUGUUGUUGACAGAUCACCAAACAUUAGCUUCAUCUUCAAGCUUUUUCCUUCCAUUAUUAACUUGUUAACUUUACUUGGUUUGAAGAUUGUUGAAGAGUGGUAGUUUAUUGUUGCAGUACUCCAUUGAUGAAAGAGUUGGAAUUUCUUCUCUUCUGAUACUUGCUGGGUGUGGGGAGGAAAAGAGAGCAGCAGCAUUAAGCAUACAGGGUAACAACUUAAGGCCUGCAAGAGAACCAAUUCACAGAAGAAUCCCUCUUUUGAUUCCUUACUCUGAUAGAAGUUUGGGCAUUUAUCUUCUAUCUAUCUGCUAUAUCAGCCUAAUUGUCUAAAAGUUCGGGCUUUUAUCUUCUAUCUAUUUGCUAUAUUAGCUUAACUGUCCUAUUAUAUCAAGUUGGGCUUCAUUUUUUCCAUCUCCCCUUCUUUCAUUCCUUGAUUUCUGCUGCAAAAUGGCUCUAUAACAGGAAUCUCAUCUCUUUUUGGUCACACUCAAUCUCUCUAUUCUCUCAGGUGGGCAAAUGCGUGGAUGAGAAGAUGAAGGGAAGAUAGAAUCCAAAAGGAACAAAAUCUAUCUUCUUUAAUAUAUAGCAGGUUCGAAGUCUGUACAAAAUACAGCAUGCAGUUUGGCCUCUUAGAUCCCCCAUGAAAGCACAUAUAUGUACCUGGUGAAACUCUGAGAAGAUUCUUCUCAGUACAAGUUUCAUCAUUCACAACACACCAAACAGAUAGAAAGACAGGGGUGAGAGAGUCUAAUAAAUAUCUAAAGCUUCCCCCUUUGCUUCAAAGAACCAAACUUUAUAUACCUAUAUUCCCAUAUGGACUAGGAAUCUCCCGGAAAACCAUUAGCCAAAGCACAUACAUAUGAUUCCUUGGUAGCAAGAGGCACUGUCAAACUUAUCCCCCAAAAGACUCUUGCAGGCUUCUGUGCAAGUUGUGAGUGCGCAUGGAUUCAUGUCAAUUCCAAACACUGCCUCACCUGUGAUUGCAUUGGCAGCCAUGAAAACCAGGAAAACCAGCAGAAUCUCCACUGCCAUGAAACUUCCUCUUCUACCACUACCCUUCUUCAUCUUGUUGAGGAAAAUUCGAGAUGGCUUUGGGGUAAAGUUGUGGACUUUAUUAUAAAAGGGGUUGCAGAAGGAAUGUUUUCCUUUUCCCCGGAGUUAUAAGCAAAGCAUUUAUUAGUAGUAGUAGGAGGAGGAGGAGGAGGAGAGUGCUUAAUUUCUUGUCUUUUCUAGAUGGAUGCUUUUUUCCAGGCUUUGCGAGUUAGGAAAAGAGAGAUGGAGGAAGGGACAACAAGGAAAAGAUAGUGACAGAAGUAAGUGGGAGCACUACAAUUAAGUGUGGUUUGCUUGGACCAGCAAAAGAUGUAGACCUAGCAAAAAUUUGACAAACCAUUGGAUGAAAUGGGAAUUUCCUUAGAAGGGGAACUGUUUGUAAUGCAUGCACCUGCUUUUUCUUGUUUGUUUGGGUUUAUACUUUAAUGAGCCUAACAGAAACCUCUAGUUGAGAGAAUGAAAUGGGGCACUCAAA